AAAUAUGGGCCAGGCCCAUGAUCCAGCAUUCACUUACAUAUUAGGUUUUGACAUAACCUCCCUCGUAGCGGUGGCCGCAGCAUAUCAUUCAGUUUCUUCAGUUUCGUGCGCGGUGGAGCAGUAGCUUGGUUCGCAAACCAAAAUGGCCAGGGGAUUGAAGAAGCAUUUGAAGAGGCUCAAUGCCCCAAAGCAUUGGAUGCUUGACAAACUGGGUGGUGCAUUUGCGCCAAAGCCCUCAUCUGGACCACACAAAUCCAGGGAAUGCCUCCCUCUCAUACUCAUUCUGCGAAACCGGCUGAAAUAUGCUCUGACAUACCGUGAAGUCAUUGCUAUUCUGAUGCAGCGACAUGUCCUUGUUGAUGGCAAAGUUAGGACAGACAAGACUUAUCCUGCUGGUUUCAUGGAUGUUGUAUCAAUCCCUAAAACAAACGAGAAUUUCCGCCUGCUAUAUGACACUAAAGGCCGAUUCCGUCUUCACUCAGUCAGGGAUGACGAGGCAAAGUUCAAGCUCUGCAAGGUUCGAUCAGUGCAGUUUGGGCAGAAAGGUAUCCCAUACCUGAACACCUAUGAUGGUCGCACAAUACGCUACCCAGACCCUCUCAUCAGGGCCAACGACACCAUUAAGCUGGAUCUGGAGGAAAACAAGAUCGUUGAUUUCAUCAAGUUCGAUGUUGGGAAUGUAGUUAUGGUGACAGGUGGAAGGAACAGGGGGCGUGUUGGAGUGAUCAAGAACAGGGAGAAGCACAAGGGAAGCUUUGAGACAAUCCACGUUCAGGAUGCUACUGGACAUGAAUUUGCAACUCGAAUGGGUAAUGUGUUCACUAUUGGCAAGGGGUCAAAACCAUGGGUAUCACUUCCCAAGGGUAAAGGUAUUAAGUUAUCAAUCAUUGAGGAAGCUAGGAAAAGGAUUGCUGCCCAACAAGCAGCUACUGCUUAAAACCCUUUGGAUUAUUAGACUUGAAUGUUUGGUAGUUUUAUUCAAUGUUUUUGGUUUCCAAUUUCUCUUGUUGCGAGAUUUUAUCCGUUGAAUUUUGACUCUUGGACCAUACAACUUUUAUUGUGGAUGCUAUAUUCAAGUAUUAUUUUCAUUUCCUAGUUUCGAUGUAGUUUAAUCGUACUAAAUCAGAGUCAAGUCUACCCUAAUGCAAUGGCGUAACCCUUGGGAGGGUGAUCGUGCUACUGUCGAAUUGAAUGAGGUUAUUUGCGUACUUGUGUAGAAUGAUUCAAUCCAACACAUUAUAGCAUUAUAGUCUUGGAGUUGUUCUCUGCCAUGACUAUU